AUGUCGACCCCCUUUACCGUCAAUGCCCUCACCCCUUACGAGGUGGUAGAGUACAUCAGCUUGACCGGAGCCGCCAAAGGAAACAUGCGCCUUGACAAGGUCUUCCUGAGCUCCGUCUCUGCCGGAUGUCUUUUGGCCUUUGCCUGCGCCACUGCCCUCAGUACCAACACUGCCCCUUGGUGGCAGGAGAAUGCCCCGGGUCUGAUCCGCACGAUUAGCGCACUGGUAUUUCCCUACGGUUUGUGCAUGAUAAUUCUGACCGGAGCCGAUUUAUGCACUGGUACUUUCAUGUACACCACUGUGGCCGCCCUGCAACGUCGUCUACCUUGGUACAAGAUGCUCCUUCACUGGUUCGUCACCUUCUGGGGCAACCUGGCCGGUUCGCUCUUCAUGGUCUCCAUCAUUCUCGGCUACGGCGUCGUCUUCUCUGCCGACCCAUACAAGAGUGAAGUCAUCACGUUUGCCACCAAGAAGCAAGUCACCCCCGACUUCCACGAGGUGUUCCUGCGCGGCAUUGGCUGCAACUGGCUGGUCUGUUUGGCGUGCUUUUUCGGCAUCCAGGGACGCGAUCUCGCAAGCAAGGUUAUCGGUAUUUGGUGGCCUGUGUUUGCCUUUGUGUCGCUCGGCUUUGACCACGUUGUCGCCAACAUGACUUUUAUCCCAAUGGCCAUCUGGCUCGAUGCGCCUGGAAUUUCUGUCGGUCUGUAUAUCUGGAAGGGAAUCAUCCCGGCCCUGAUUGGCAACAUCAUUGGCGGAGGUCUUUUCUGCGGUGGUUACUACUUCUACAUGUAUGGCCUUGAGGAAGAGUCCUUUGCUUUGUCUAUCAAAGGUAUCGGCAAGAGCCGUGCUGCUAGCAGCGAGGACAUUGAGGCCAGCGGUGCCGAAUCCUCUGCUCCUGCCGAAACUAAGGAUGCCUGA